UGUGAUUGCUGCAGUCUGACGCGUCUGCGUGGGUUAUUUUCGCUCUGCUUCCCUGAUGUGCCGCUGUCACUGGAUUAUAAACACAGACAUGAUCGCAUCUACGGGCAGGAUCGAUUGUGGACGCGCGAAUGAAUACAUAACGCGCCGGGUGAGCUUCUGCGUGUAGUUUCGGCGAGAUAAUGAAGACGUGUAAUGGCUUCUGAAGUGUGAUCCAUGACGUCGUGCUAAGACACGAUUGCAGGUGGAGACUAAAUGUGUCCGUGGUCUCGAUGCUCUGAGCUCUUUUGAGUGGUGCCAUGACCAGUCAGGGUGGUGGCCAUGCAGACACACUAAGCCCCUCUUCAUCGUCCUCCUCUUCUCGGUCCUCAGCAGCUCGUAAGCUGCAGGUACAGCGCUCACUCUCCCGGGAUACCAUCACUAUACACUUUUCUGCCAAAGGAAAUGAGGAAGAGGAGGAGGAAGAGGAGCUCUACAGGCUAGCUCAUUCCCCUUCUGGUCUUGAACCUGAAGAUCAGGCUGUAAUCACAGCUCAGGAGGCCAGCGAGGAACUUCUCUCUGAAGGAUUAGAAGUGGACAUGGUCACGGGACUGUCAUCCCAGCCCCACAGUUCUGCCCUGGCUAUACAGCACCCCUCCAUCAGCUUGGGUGGCACCUCUACUUCUAGUCUUGCUAGCUUCUCGUGGCCCUCUGAACAGAGGUCGACUGCACCGGUACCUUCCACUCAUUCAGCUUCCUCCAGCUCAUCCCCAGCGAAGGCCUCUGGCCUUCCUUCAAAACCCUUUCUCAGCCUAGUCAAGUCCCUUUCCACUGAGGUGGAAUCUCGUGAGGUCGCUCCACAGCCAAUAAGGCACCGGCAUUUGAUGAAGACACUGGUUAAGUCUUUGUCUACAGACACCACUCGAUCUGAGCAGGAGGCUUCGUCGACUCAUCGCCCUGCAGAUUCCCGACUCAAUCUGCACCUCUUUAAACCUUUCACCCAGUCUCGUUCUCCUGCAGCCAGUGGAGACUCCAAAACUGCUCCCUCAUCACCCCUAACCUCACCCGAUAGCCGCUCCUUCUUUAAAGUACAGGAGGUGGAGGCACGUAUUGAAGACACAAAGCGCCGUCUGUCAGAGGUCAUGUGUGAGCCCCUUCAGCUGCUCAGCAAAAUCAUUGGCGAGGAACCUGGUUCCAUCAGCGCAAACACUUCAACAUCCACAACAGCAGGAGUCUCUUACCGGUCCAGAAACCUUUCUUCUAGCGCCUCUGAGCUCUCCAACCUGUCUGCCCUCAAUGGCCACUCAGAAAGCAACAAUAACUACUGCAUCAAGGAAGAGGAAGACCAGGAGGGCGAAAGUCCACUUGAGGGGCCAACUGUUGAGCUGCCUUUGCACAAGUCACCUUCUCUAGGCUUGGACAGGUGUUUUAUGUCAACACUUGCACGUCAAGAAGACGAAGAGUUUUGUGAGCUCUAUACCGAAGACUUUGAGCUCUGCACAGACACAGAGUUAGAUGGAGAAGAGCCUCGUUCAUCCCAGAUCCGAAGAGGGAGCACAGGGGGAUGCAGUGAGGAACCAACUGAAGGAGGAGAAGAGGAAGAAGAAGAUGAUGAGCCUCCUGGAGUACCCCACAACGCACUGAUUCUUCUUAUAUCUAUAGUUUACGGUUGCUUUGUGUUGCCACUUCCUACGUAUGUGUGUUGGGUGUUGAUUGGAGUUGUGGCAGGAUUCAUGCUAGCAAUUCUAGUGGUGUGGUUGUCGGCAAGAGGCAGAUCUUCAUAUGGCCGUCAUGGCAGCUGGAGCAGAAGAGAGAAAUGGAACAGGGUUCCUCUGGAUAUCAAAGAACCAACAAUCUACAAGGGUUGGAUGAACGAGAUCCACAGCUAUGACCCUGAGACUUAUCACGCCACACUUACUCACUCUGUGUAUGUGCGUCUGGAGGGCUCUGUCCUGCGACUGUCCAAACCUAACCGCAAUAUUCCCCGCCGGGCAACCUUCAACGAGCUCAAACCUGACAUCACCUAUGUUAGUCAGAAAAUCUAUGAUCUCACUAACAGUAAGAUCUACCUGGUGCCUCAUAGCCUGGCCAGGAAAAGAGUGUGGAAUAAGAAGUAUCCCAUCUGCAUUGAGCUGGCCAAGCAGGAUGACUUCCUGGCUAAAGUGCAGGGAGAGAAGUCUGACAUGGUGGAGGAGAAGACCUCUGCUGCAGGAGACAGGCCUGAGGCUGUAAGCACUAGUGAGGAACCUAAGAGAGUGCACGCAGAACCUGUGCUGUACCUGUUUGGGAGAACAGGAAGAGACAAAGAGGAGUGGUUCAGAAGGAUGCUACUUGCGUCUAAGCUGAAAUCCGAAGCCAAGAAACCCUCUGGCCUGCCUACAACAGGCUGUAUGUCUCAUAGCCGCAGCAGCAGUCGUGGCAGUCUGGAUGAAAUGCUCCAGUCUCAUCCCAGACAAAAAGACAUUGAUGCCAGUGUUAAACAGAAAGUUCUGGAAUACAAUGUCUACAUGGCCAAAUAUGUCAGCCAGUCUGCAGGCAGCCCCACCACAAGUCCUGUUCAGAGUGCUGGAAGUAGCCCAGGAAUCAUGAAAAAGUUUCCAUCCAGUCGUGAACAGGAGUCCGAGUCCGAGUCUGAAGCCUGGGUCAAUGCACUUUUAGGUCGCAUUUUCUGGGACUUUCUUGGAGAGAAAUACUGGGCAGAUGUGGUGUCCAAAAAGAUCCAGAAAAAGCUGAGUAAGAUCAGGCUGCCGUACUUCAUGAAUGAACUGACCCUCACUGAGCUGGACAUGGGAAUAUCUAUUCCCAAGAUCCUUAGCUCGUCCAAACCAUCUGUCGAUCACAGAGGCCUUUGGUUUGACUUGGAGAUCUCGUACAACGGUUCCUUUCUAAUGACUCUUGAAACCAAGAUGAACCUGACCCGACUGGGAAAGGAGGGGGAAGGACUUGGAGAACAGGGAAAAGAAGGAACCAGACCACGCACUUACUUCCUGGCCGACAGUGACGAAGAGUCAUCGAGUGCAGGUUCUUCUGAUGAGGAGGAUGCUGUGGAAGUGCCUGAGAUUCCAGGAAUGGAAGGUUAUGUUGGGGGACACCGACCCAGCAAAAUCAUGCGAUUUGUGGACAAGAUCGCCAAGUCCAAGUAUUUCCAGAAAGCCACAGAGACUGAGUUCAUUAAGAAGAAGAUAGAGGAGGUGUCCAAUACGCCACUGCUCCUGACGGUGGAGGUUCAGGAGUGUCAAGGAACACUAGCUGUCAACAUUCCACCACCUCCAACAGACAGGAUAUGGUAUGGUUUCAGAAAUCCUCCUCAUCUGGAACUGAAAGCUCGGCCUAAACUGGGUGAGAGAGAGGUUACUUUUGCUCAUGUGACCGACUGGAUAGAAAAUAAACUCAAUCAGGAGUUCCAGAAAAUAUUCGUAAUGCCAAACAUGGAUGACGUCUGGCUGCCUAUCAUGCACUCUGCCGUGGACACGCGUUCCAAUGCCAAUGCCUUGAAGAAUGAAGAAAGCUUGGACCCUGAGGAGUCCCUUGAGGACAUGUGAAGAUUAGUUACUGUAUCACACAAAAGAUGAACACUUCGGUCCCAUGAGGGCAGGACUAUACCUGAGUUGAAAAUUACAGGUGCCAUAUUGCCCAUUGAACAGAGCUGUGAAAAAUCUGAACACAUCGAUAACUAAAAGAAAGGACAAUAUUGCUUGCUUGCUUGCUUUUGAUUUGUUCGGAACAGUAUGAAUGCACAUGCUGCUGGCUCUCAAACAGGAUUGGUUUUGGUGACCAUAGUAAAAUGUAUACAGGUGAACAACUGUGAAAAAGCAGUAUAGGACACGGAAGACUAGGUGAAGUGUAUACACUACCUCUGUUUGAUGCACGCUGACUUACCAAAUGUCCUAGUGUCGCAUGACGAAACCUAAACUCUUUGCUUCGAAAGCAGAUAUGAAUUACAACCCGAGGGCUUUCACUGGACUUUUGGUAUGACAGAGUGCCUGCAAAGGGUUCUGUAUUUGGGGCCGUGCAUCCUUGGGAUGUAUAAAACACGCGACAAACACCAGUAACGGAUGAAUCUGGUCAUUUUAACAGAAACUCUAAGCCAAAAGGGGGCAUAUCUGAGAUUUGCACCCAUUUAUGAUUUUCUCAUGAUUGUCAUAUGCUUCAAGCAGCAAAUCAUUUAUAAGACACAACAGACCUACUAGUACCACCAUUAUCCUCUUCCAUUCACUGCUGCCUGAGCCCUCUGUGUGGCGUCUGAUUAUGCAAUUAGAUCAAUUUCACUGUGCUCAAGAGGGACACCAGCCAAUAACCUCUCAUCCCUAAGCCAUCCCUUCCGAAGCGGACUAUUCUAGAGGAUAGGGUUUAAGAGCUAUGUAAGAUGUCUCUAAUCAUCGCCCCUCUGCAAUGGCCGUAGAUCAGUGGUUCUCAAACGGCGAGUCUCGGGGCUGUUCCGAGAGAAAAGCAGGGAUUAAGAUGCAAAGUUAGGACAGCAAGAUAAAUACGCCAAUCUUUUAAAAGGGGUAAAUGCUUUUUAUAUCUUUGUAUUGUUUGAGUUUGCCAUGUUCUGGUACAAAUUCAUGUCACAGAACUCAAAACAGAUCUGUUUGUAGAGCAACCUGAAAGGGCAAAUUUGCUGGGGUUGUUAUUUCUACUGGUUUUUAGAAGGAUGUUUUAUGAUUGUGCAAAUACAAUAAGUGCGAUAACAGUGCUUUCACAUUUUUACAUAACACUCAAAUGUAAAUUUUAAGCCACAAAUUUUUCCAUAAUCUAUUUUUUUCCCCUCUGGGCAAUUGAACAGACAAAUGCGGAUAGACUGAAUAUGAGGCAUGCCCUCACCUUUAAAAACCAUUAACAAAACUGCACAAGGUGUAUAAAAAAAACUAUGACUACAUAUUAUCUAUAUAUUUACGCCCACCACAAUGUUUCUUAUUCAGCCUGUCUUGUAAAUAACUUUGUAUAUUGUUGGGUCGUUCAUGGUAAUAUCAAUAUAUUUCAGCGUUUGAUUUUUGAAGGGUGUUUUUGUUUACUUUUUUGAAUGAGAAUCAAUUUUGGACUGUGUUGAGACGUCCGAUCUAGAAUCUGGGUCCUGAAGCAAAACCGGUUGAGAACCACUGGGCUGUACCUCACGUUGCAUUUCAGAUCAAGGCUCCAAAUAAGUGCUAUUCUAUUUCCAACGCAGAAUAUCUUCAUAUCUUGUGUACAUGUGAAGCAGAUUGUUGAAUGUAAAAAGAAAAAAAAAAAACUUCAUAUUUUUGUCUACCUUGUUUGGCAUAGUUUGUCAAGUGUUGCUAUUUUUGUUGCCGUCAGGUAGACUUUUUUUUUUUAUUUACUGCACUUGCAGGCCGUUGGUGUAUUAAAUCAUGUAGGUAGUUUCUGUUAAAUAACAGUGGCAAGUGAAAUUUUGCUAUCUAAAGUUAUAAUGAAUGAGUUUUCACAUUCAUCCAUUAUCAGCUACUUAGCAGGUAUUGACAGGUCUGAAAAAGUGUUUUAUAUCCAACACAAAUUCUGUAUCUUAGCUGCUGCUGAGAUUUCAGAGAACAUGAAUUAUGUUUUUUCCCACAUCCUUUUUGCAUUUAAUUUAAAGCAUCGAUGCUACAUAUACUUUGAUUUCUACGCGUUUAUUUUGUAUCGUUGGUUAUGCUUCAAAAUUGCCAUUCACAAUUGAUCCUUUGUGUGCGUUUUGCCAAUUGCCGUUUUCUUUGCGCAAUAUUUCAUUCGAAUAUUGUGUUCUGCCAUAUUGACAACAUGAUUGUGUGUGGAAAUUGAUAAACUGCUUUUGCAAAAAUAA